AUGUCGGACGAGGAGCACCACUUCGAGUCGACCGACGCCGGGGCCUCGAAGACAUAUCCGCAGCAGGCUGGGACGAUCCGUAAGAAUGGUUACAUCGUGAUCAAGGGAAGGCCGUGCAAGGUGCGUUUCUGCUUGGCGAUCUGAGAUCUGUGCUUGUCCAUGUGCAUAUUAUUUGUUAUCGUUAAUAUCCCUAGAAGUUCGGCUGGGAUUCCCCCAGCUGUGCGUUCGUCUUCAUGUGUAUAUAUCGUGGAAUGGUGUCGUAUGCUUACUGCUUGGUUUUUGUGAGAUUUUUUAACAAAUCGUGGUGGGUACUUUAAAUUUUGUGAACUUUUUUUGUUUGGCAAAUAGUUCAAUAAGGUUUCGUUUUUAAGGUCUAGUGGCAUUAUCUUUUUCAUAUGAGGUCCUGUCACGUCCUCUGUGAACUAGGUUUAUUGCUGUUUAUCUGUGAGGUCUGAAUUUUUACAGCAUGUUCGUAAUGGGCUCUUGAUUUUUUUUGGUUGUUCUGUCAGACUUUCCUGUUGUUCGAUUUUGCAGUCAUGUUUGUUUGUCGAAUCAAUUCCUUCGUUAUCUCGGGGGUUUGUGAAAAUAUAGCUCUUUCAUGCUUCCUUAGAUUGGUCAAGUCCGCCAAUGCAUCAGCCUGGGUUUUUCAUUUGUUGGAUGCAGUGUUACAUGACUGUAAAGACGUAAUCCAUUUAUUUAUGAAGCCAUCUAUUUCUAGAAAUUUUUUUUAAAAGGGGGCGCAUUACCCUCUAUAAAAGCUCACUGAAUUGUUAUCCCUUGUAAUGUUAUCAUUGCUUCAGAUUAGAUGAAACAAAACUGCUGCAGGAUGUGGGAUUUAUUUACUUUUGAGUUUGCAAGGUCUAAAGACGACUGCACCAGGAUCUGAGUGUUUUUAGAAGACUCAGUUUUAAAUCUCGUUGAUCUUUAUGGUAGAUGGACCUAAUUUUGGGAUAUGUUGUAUUAAUCGCGUAAAAUUAUUCCGCUUUCCCACUGAAUUUUGAAUUGACUCCAUAAGAUCAGGGAGCAGCUGCUUUUGGGCGCUUUUUAAAAUGGUUUCACAGAAACUCGUCUAAUUUACUUGUUUCUAAUGUUGAUUUAUCUCGUCUCCGAGUCACAGUUAGUAAAUAUUCAGUUUUUUUUUCAUGAUUCUGAUUUAUUUAUUUUUGUUGUGCAUUUCCCACUUAUGUUCUAUCAGCGUGAGUCUCAUGCAUUCUUCUUUGUCUGGAUUGUAAUUGGGCGGGAUCCUUAAAAUAUUUUGACAACUUUAUCUCUAAGAGAAAUAUAUAGAUGUCAGGAACUCUAUUUCAUUGUCAGAAUUUUGUCUCUUUACUCCGAGAAUGCAGGCUCAUGUUUGAGUUCUAUACUCAAACUGUGUAUGAAAGUUUAUCUCUAUUCUUCUUGUACUCGGUUCUUUCUACCUACUUCAUUGUGUAGAGGGAAAAUUGGAAGAGUGUAUAAGAAAGCUUUGUUUUCAUCGGAGGAAAUUAGACAGUGUGAGAGUAUUAAUUGCGAAUCAAAGUUUUUUUUUAAAUGAGGCAGCAGGAAAAAUCAUUCCUUUUAAUAAAAAAUAUCCAUCUUUCUUUUGUCUUUCGUCUUCCUUAAACAUUUGGCUCUCCAUUUCUUUACUCUAUUUAUGCUUAAAGUUCUUCAGCCGUUCGGUUUUCUGUUAUUAAUGGACCAGGUUGUUGAGGUUUCGACAUCCAAGACCGGGAAGCACGGCCAUGCAAAGUGCCACUUUGUUGCAAUUGAUAUCUUCAAUGGGAAGAAGCUGGAAGAUAUCGUUCCCUCUUCUCAUAACUGUGAUGUAAUCACCUCGGAAUUCAAUUCAUAAUCUUUUAUUGUUGUAAUCAUAUUACAGCGCCAUUUAUCAGUUUCCAAUUCUUAUCAGGUUCCUCAUGUCAACCGCACUGACUAUCAGUUGAUUGAUAUCUCUGAAGACGGAUUUGUAUGUGUCCAUUCUCUAUCUAUCUGCUCAAUAUUUUCUUGUGAAGUUGAAGCUCUCUAAAGCCGAUGCUGCAUCUUGCAGGUGAGCCUGCUGACUGAUAAUGGCAGCACCAAGGAUGACUUGCGGCUUCCAACUGAUGACGCCCUCCUCUCUCAGGUAACAUUGCAUGCAUGAUGCCUCAAUCUAGUUAAUUAACUAGGCGGGAUUAAUGAGUUAGUAUGUUUUAAAGCAUUCAACAAGUUUUAAUAUCUUAAAAGCUGUAAGUGGUUAUGAGAACCUCAAUUCUGAGGGGUAGAUUGUGACCUUAUGUGAUCAAGAUGAGGCUUCAUCUGGUUAAUUUCUUGCAUGAUGAGAAUAUUUCUGAUAUCUUGGGAUUCUAUGCCUUCGUUAGGUUCUUGUUACAGUAAUGGGGCCUUGGAUAAGAUUCAGGGUUUUUGUUUCUAUUCUUGGUUAAGGAUUCAACAGAUUGUUCUACUUAGCUCUACGUCUCAGAGUGCAGUGUUUAUUUGGCUAAGAGAGAGAAACAUAGAACCAGAAAGAGGAAGCUUCCUUCGCUCGAGUUUUUUUUCUUUUUAGGGGGGGGGAGAUCAGUUUUCCUCAAUUUCUCUAUCUCAGGGAUUUGCUUAGAAAUUGAUAACACAGGAAAUUGUUGGGAUACCUCUCUCUCUCUCUCUCUCUCUCCCUCUCUCUCCCUCUCUAGCUUAUUCUUUUUCUGGAAAAAGUUACAUUCGUUGUUGGUUGGGUUUGCUCAAAAUUAAGGAUUUAUAGUGUAUCAAAUAUUUUAUCAGUAAAGUUCAUCUCUCUCUCUCUCUAUCUCCUGUGUUCCUGGAUUGUGAUUUUUCCGUUGGACUAUACCCAAUUCAUCAUUGAACGAUGUAUUGCGAUGAUCUUCCCCUGACCGUGCGAUUGUAUCUCCAGAUUAAAGACGGGUUUGCGGAGGGGAAGGACCUGGUCGUAUCGGUGAUGUCCGCCAUGGGAGAAGAGCAGAUCUCCUCCCUCAAGGACAUUGGUCAGAAGUAG